AGCAACGAAGGCGGCCAGGGGUUGGGCACUGAGAGCGCUGUAUAUCCUACACAAAGCUACACUGGAUUAUACCUUGCGAAAUAUCAAACAGCAGGGAAGGGGGAUGAUGUAGGGCUUGAGACGGGUCCAGCCAAGCUGAGCAGAGAUGAGCCUCACAUCCUGGUUCUUGGUGAGCAGCGGGGGCACAAGGCACCGCUUGCCACGCGAAAUGAUCUUCGUUGGCCGAGACGACUGCGAGCUAAUGCUCCAGUCUCGGAGUGUGGACAAACAGCAUGCAGUCAUCAACUAUGAAGCUGCCAGUGAUGAGCACAAAGUGAAGGACUUGGGGAGCCUGAAUGGGACAUUUGUGAAUGAUGUCAGAAUCCAGGAGCAGAUGUAUAUCACUUUGAAGACUGAUGACAAGCUGAGGUUUGGUUAUGAUACCAACCUGUUCACGGUGGUCCGAGGGGAGCUGCACGUCCCAGAGGAGGCCCUUAAGCAUGAGAAGUUCACCAGUCAGCUCCAGCUGACCAAGAAGUCGUCCGACGGGGAGACCUCCAAGUCCCCCAGCACCAAAGCCACAGAGAGCAGGGCGGCGGAGGGGAGCUGUGAGGGGCCUGCCAAACCAAAUGAAAUGCUCAGAGGAGAUGAAAAGAUGGCAGGGGAUCUCGCAGCGCUGCAUCGGGGGACCCCUCUGUAUGGGCAGCCAUCUUGGUGGGGGGACGGGGAUGCUGACGAUGAGAACUCCUUCAAGCAGGAAACCAAAGGGUCUAGCAAGAGGCAGGAGAGCAGUGUGUCAGAUGGGAAGGAGCCCAACAGGAGCAAAGAGGACAGCCUGUGCCCUCCAGGCCAAGAGCCCACCUACUUUGAGAUCCCCACCAAGGAGUCUCUGAUGGCAGAAAGCAGCAUCCACGAGAUCCCUACCAAGGACACAGAGGGGGCGGCCGCCGCCACCGCAGCUACCACUGCCGCUGAAGCCACUGCUCAGGGCCACGCCUCCUUCACUAUCGAGUUUGACGACACCACUCCAGGAAAAGUCACCAUCAGGGACCACGUCACCAAGUACACUCCAGACCACCGCCCCCGUUCCAAAAAGUCCCCCCAGCAAGACAAGGAGCUGAGCACCCUGCAGGCCGCUAUGAUGGCCUCUGAGAGCAAGGUGGCUGACUGGCUAGCCCAGAACGACCCGCCGCUGGCCCGCAUGGAGUCCACCGAAGAGGACAGCAAGAGCAUCAAGAGUGACGUGCCUGUCCACCUGAACAGACUCAAAGGCAGCAAGCACGCCGAUGGCACGCAGAGCGACUCGGAGAACGGCGCUGGGAACCGCUUUAACGGCAGAAGGCUGGCACUAGAGCAGCGUCUGCAGGCGGCGCAAGGGGGGCAGGGCGCUGGUGAGAAGGGCGCAGAGGGUGCCGCUUCUGCCACCAGCAGGACCUCCUUCAUGAUCGAAUUCUUCGACGAGGACAGCUCCCGUAAGCACCGCUCCUAUUCAUUCUCGCAGGCGGCACCACCAGUGGGUUUGGCAGGAGAAGGGCCCUGCCCUAUGCCCCCCUCCCAGACCAAGGGCUCCGUCCCACCCACAGAUCUUAGGGUCUCGGUCUCCCCGCUUGCCGCUGGCCGCCAGUCCCUUAAGCAGAAGUCUGAUGGCAGCAGCCCAGCAUGGAGUUCAGCCAGUGUGGGCCAGCAGACCAGCCCCAGCGAUGACCUCCAUAAGCCCCCGUGCCCCAAUAAGGAGCUUGAGGAUGACCAGAGUGACAAGGGGACUUACACCAUCGAGCUGGAGAGCCACAACCCGGAAGAGGUGGAGGCACGGCGCAUGAUCGACAAGGUGUUUGGAGUGGAGGAAAGUCAGGUCACAAACAGGUCAGCAUGCAUGGAACACCAACAAGAUGGGGUGAAGGAAAGGCAAAAACCAGGAAAGGCAGAAAUGAGGAAGACGUACUACAUCGACUCAGAGACCCUAUCAGAAGACUUGUUUGUGGUGGGCAGCCCACGUUGGGUGUCUCAGUGGGCCAGUUUAGCUGCCAAUCACACACGGACUGACCCUGAAGGCUCUGGAGCUGAAUCCCCAGCCUUCGUUCAUCAUGAGAAAGUUGCUGAAGUUGGUGAGUCUGGGGUCUCCAUCAAAAGCAUCAUCUCCUCCUCCUCCAGCCAUGCCGAACGCAAGAGGAGGACCCUCCCUCAGCUCCCCACAGAGGAGAAGGGGCCAGACGUCCUCCGGAAGGCACCAGGGAAGGGCCCUCUGGGGCCAGGCCUGCGCUCUGAGAUCGGGGAGAAGCAGGACACAGAGCCCCAGGAGAAAGAGAGCCAGUCAGACCUGGACCCCGUGGCCCGGGUUACCAAGACUGGCCACAAGGCUGUUGUGGGGAGCCCAGCUGAAGGGAGCACCACCUCCAAGCAGGCCCCAGCUAAGGAGCCGGCGCGGGACCAGAGGGGCGGGAUGCAGCCGGGUGCAUCCUCUAAGCCGUCAGCCCGGCAGACAAGUGGUGAGAAGAGGCAGGAGGAGGGGUGGGGCACACAGGGGAAGGGUGCAGACGCAGCUGAGAAGUCGAGCAAGCCCUUGGUAAGGCAGGGCAGCUUCACCAUCGAGAAGCCCAGCGCCAAUGUGCCCAUUGAACUCAUCCCUCGCAUCAACAAGCAAGCGGGCACCUCGGCCCUGGCGCAUGGGCGCCGGGACUCUGCCGGCAGCAUCGACACCGCCACACUUCUGAAGGACACAGAGGCCGUCAUGGCUUUCCUGGAGGCAAAGCUGCGUGAUGAGGGCAGGCAGGAGCCCGCCGAUCCGCCCAGCUACCCCAUGGAGGACUCCAUCUCGCCGGAGUCAGACAUAGACACAGCCAGCACCGUCAGCCAGGCAGCGGGUGAGGGCGACCGCAAGGCACCCCUGAAGCGGCGCACGCUGAGCAGCCUGCACAAGGAGAAGAGCGCUGGCAGCUCGGCGGCCAAGAAUGCGGCCAGCGCCCGCGAGCGACUGGAGAGGAAGUCCAAGACAAGGCCGUCUGACGGCCGCCCCGAGCCCCGUCGCUCCGCUCAGUCAGGCUCCCGUGCCCGUCAGCCCUCACUGGACCUGACCGACGACGACCUGACCUCCUCCCUGCCGCACUCCACAUUCUCCGACGUGCUGUCCUCUGACCAGGAGACCUACUCCGGCCGCUCCCAUGGCCGUGGCCAGUUGACCUCCACAGACGAGCUCCUGCACUCCAAGCUGGAGUCUGGCAAGGCGGGCAGGUCGAAGGUCCCGCAAACCUGUAGCCCUGUCCCCGGGAAGCCGGCCACCCUCCCCCGGCCGAGGCCCACUCGGGCCUCCCUGCUGCGGCGGGCUCGCCUCGGGGACACCUCCGACACGGACUUGGCGGAUGCCGACAAAGUGUCGGUGGCCUCAGAGGUUUCCACCACCAGCUCCACCUCCAAGCCGCUGUCAGGGCGGAAAGCGCCCUCGCGAAUCGACAUGCUGGCACAGCCGCGGCGCACCAGGCUGGGCUCGCUGUCAGCCCGCAGUGACUCUGAGGCAACGGUGAGCCGGAGCAGCGGCACCUCCCGAGCCUCCACCGAAACCACCCUGCGUCUGGGCCUCCGAUCCGGCUCCACGAUGGAUAGCAAGGCAGUGCCCAGGAUGAGGGCCAACAGCGUGUCCAAGCUGCCCGAUGCCAAGGUGAAGACCAGCUCCAUCCAUAGCUCUCCCUCAGACAAUGCCACGCCUGUCCCAGAAAGUGCCCCGGCAGUGGAGGAGCCCCUGGCCACCAACCGGUGGAGACGCUUGCCCCCCGAGUACGCCUCCACUUCUGAGGACGAGUUCGGCUCAAACCGUCACCCCUCCAAGCACGCCCGCUUGCGUCCUGGCACAGCCCCGCGGGGGGUGCGGCUGGGAAGCUCCGCCCCCAGUACCCCUGGAACCGGGGGUGUGGUGCUGAAGCACAGGAUGAGAGAGCAGGAGGAGUACAUCAGGGACUGGACCGCCCACAGUGAGGAGAUCGCCAGGUUAUUUCCCUGUGUGCGCAGGAUCAGCCAAGAUCUGGCCAAGGACCUGGCCAUGCUGGCGCGGGAGAUCCACGACGUGGCGGGCGAGAUCGACUCCGUCAGCUCCUCUGGCACAGCACCCAGCACCACAGUAAGCACCGCGGCCACCACCCCUGGCUCCGCCAUUGACACCAGGGAGGAGGUAGGGCCGUCUCAGGAGAGCACACACAAGCUGGUGGACCGUGUAUUUGAUGAGAGCCUGAACUUCCGAAAAACCCCUCCCACGGUGCAGAGCAAAGCGCCUGAGAUCAAUGGGCGUCCUGUGGAGCUGCGCCCCCGUCCCGUGGAUGGCCAGGACCCCCAGGUGGCCAUCCGCCGUCGGACAUGGAACCGCGAUGAGGCGGUACUGGACAGUUUGCUACUGACAUCUGUGUCCCAACUGUCAGCAAAGAUCCGGCAAUCUGUUGACAAAACAGCUGGGAAAAUCAGGAUAUUAUUUAAGGACAAGGACAGGAACUGGGACGAGAUAGAAAGCAAGCUGAGGGCAGAGGGUGAUGUGCCACUCCUCAAAACAUCCAACAAGGAGAUCGCGUCAAUCCUCCAGGAGCUGAAGCGAGUGGAAAAGCAACUGCAAGUCAUCAACGUUAUGGUGGAUCCAGACGGCACUCUGGACGCUCUGACCAGUCUUGGACUGACCAGCCCCAUCUUGCCCAAGCCCAGAACCAGCCCUGGUACCCAGGGGGCCCUCCCUGGCAAUGGUGUGGCCAGGGCCCCUCUGGUGUCAGCCCCCUCGGAGGAGUCGGAGCGUGACUUCAGCCUGCCCCUAAACCGCUUCACUCCCAGUGGAGAGGAGAAUGCCGUGACUCACGAGUGAGAGAAUUCAUGCCACUCACAGAUGGAACCAGUAGAGUCGAACCCUGCAACCUUACAUACAUAUGUACUCUACAUGUAUAUGUCUCUGAUCGCCCCCUGACAAGAGACCAUGUCAGUUUUUCCUUGGUAUACUAACCUCUUUGCUCACCAGGAGCGCUCAUUUUCAUUGAUUUUGAUUUUCUUCAAAGGAGUAAAACUUUCUUUUUUGUACCUAUUGAUGUAGAAUACCCCAGUCACCCUAGUACAGCAAAUCUAUUUACUUGUUCAUAAUGUAUUGGCAGUGUGAAGCAGAUCUUGAGCUUAUGGAUGUAUCUACUGCCUGGCGUUCUCUCAAUCUGAGGUUCGGUGGCAGAUUGUCACUUCUGUGCGCAUGCACUCCAGUGUGUAACGCACAGGAAGUAAGGAACGGGGCAUUUCCUGGGCUUUGAACCUCUUUGGUCCAUCAUGAAGGCAAUUCCCCUGAUCCCAUGGCUUCCUGAGCCUUUUAAUAGAACCCACUUUUUACAGAUGGACCCAUUUUUUGUGCUGCAUGUAGCAUUGUGUUAACUUUUUUAGGUAUCGCUGCCCAAUUCAUACGUAUAUCGAUCAUUCUUACCCUUUCCAAAGGCAAAAAAGACUAACUGUACUUCUUGUACGCUGUAUUGCAGCUAAGUGGCAACCUGUCAAUAUUUGUGUUUGCAACUGGAAAACAUGAUUAUAUCUUAUAAAAUAGGAGAUACAAAUAUUGCAGAAGUGGUCAUUUUGAAAAAGAGAUCCAUAUCCUAUUUGUAAAAUUGAGGUAUUGAGCAAGCAAAUGUUAGACUCAAGUUAGACACAAGUUACAGGUUGUGUCAGUGGCCAUACAAAUUGCUGUGGAUUACUACUUUGUGGUCUCAAUCCAUUGUUGGUACAUGUAACACAAGUAUUUUAGAUGGCUGCUCCUUUGUUCUCUUUUGUAUAAGACGAACACAUUAUCUUUGUCAAAUAAGUGCAUUAUGCUGUUGUGAAAUCAAGUGGUCAUU